AUGGGCGAUAAGCCUAUUUCCACUAACGAUAUGAACAACACCAACAGUCCUUCUCAACACACACUUAACAAUCAAACAUUUGCAGAGAUAGCUUCAAAUACCACUUUACCGAAAAUGAACCAAGCAAUCGUUUUCAAUUCCAUCAAUAACAUUAAACAAAUUGAAUAUGUAUCGGCAAUCAGUAAAAUCGUACCUGCUGAGAAUAUCAUAUUUGUUUCGCGUAUUUCCAACAACAGAUUUUGCGUCUUUUUUAACAGCCAAACCGUUAUGGAAAAUUUACUAAAAACUCAUUCAUCAAUUCACGUCAAUGGUAUUGAUAUUCCUAUUCGAAGACUUAUUAACGCUUCUAAGAGAAUCAUUUUAUCAAAUGUUUACCCUACCAUUCCCAAUCAACUCAUAUUAAACGCUCUCCAUCAACUAGGAAUCAAAACUACGUCGCAAAUUACACACAUGAAAGCUGGAUUCGCUACAGAGCAAUUUUCACACAUACUUAGUUUCAGAAGACAAAUAUACAUAAAUCAAGAUAGCGCGACCAAACUACCUAACUCAAUCACCGUAACCGUAGAGAACACUACGUUCAGAAUAUUUAUCACUGAUGAUAUCGUAACUUGUUUCCAAUGCCACCAAACUGGUCAUUUUUCUAGCCAAUGCAAAAAUAUACCUGAUCCAAUUAAUGUCAUUAAUGAGACUGAAACCGUAACGGAAACCCUUAUUGAUUUAUCAUCAACUACAAUUGAAGAUAAUAACUUAUCUUCCUCGUUACCUAUUGUCAGUACUCAAAAUUAUCAUAACACCCAGGAUAGUGAAAGUGUAUUAUUAGACCAAGUGGUUGACAAAGAUAUUAUUACUUCAUAUGAACAGCCAAAUAAACCUUCACUGAUUGACAAACUUAAAUUGACUGCUAACCAUAGAACCAAAGUACCGCCUCUUCAGCCAGCCAAACGUCCAGCUCCUUCUACCUCAUCUGCGUCUCAGCCUCCAUCACCAAAAUCGUUUCAACCAUCUAGCCCUCCUCCUCAAUCAACAAUGAAGCCUCCUGGCAGCAACACACUUGAUGGUCGAACCCAACAAUCCAAAAACCCCAAAGGUAGUGUAAGCAAAAAACUAAAAGUAAGGACCAAUUCCAUCUCCAGUGAUACAGUACAUACAAAUAUUGAUGAAUGUUUUGAUUCCACUCGAGAUCUGUUUGACACACACCUGGAUUUUUCUUUAACCUUUGACCAAUUUAGAGAUUUCUUCGAAAGUUCAAAAGGUUGCUCCGAUCUCGAAAAUUUAUGUAACAAAUACGCUUGUAGUCCAGAUGAUAUUUUAGAAAUUAUUUCAACUAUUUACCCUAAUGUAACAGUUAAAAGCGCUAAAAAUCGUCUAACCAGAUUAUCUAAUGCAUUGAAAAAAAUAAUUCAAGACUUCAAUGCCUGUCAGAACGCGGAUCCUGACGGGGAUGAUGAUGAAACCUUCUAG